CUCUGGCUCUUCGGGGCGUUGCGUUGGCGCUUUAACCGGCGGGCGCAGGGACCCGCAGAAGCGUUCACGCAGCGCUCUAGCGCGCACACGCCCGUCAGGAAGACGCGCACCUGGUUGUGCUGAUCAUAAACAGCAGACGAACGAAAUGGGUUUUGGGUGUUUAGCGCGUCGUUUCAUGUGCGUGGUUUCCCUGGCGUGCGUUACUAAAGUACGCGGUUCGAUUUGAAAUGUUUUAACGGAGGGCGUCUCACUGGAACAACGCCUUGAGAGCGUGAAGACCCCGGACCACUGUGCAGUGAGGAGAAGGAGACGCGCUGGCACCAACGGGAAAUAUCCCCAGGCUGUUCAGGUCGUGUUUUGCUCGAUCAACAAGAACUUCAGCCUGUAAACUUGAUUCCAAUGUUAUUGUUUUUUUUGUAAAUCGAAAUGAAAAGUAAACACGAGCACCAUCCCGAGUCUGUGAACUCGCUGGGCUAUACGAACAAUAUGGACGAGGCGGUGGAGGAUGACAUCUCUGAGAUCGCACAGCACGCGGUCCCGAACGAGAACGAAGUCGUGCUGGUGAUCAAUCACAGCAAAAUCCGUCCCCCGUUCAGUGUGCUGUGGGCGACUGUCCUCUACUGCGCCGAGUUCAUCUGCGCCUCGGUGCUCUCCAGCAUGUACCACACGAGCGACGACGUCAUAUGGAUGGGCUUGACGAUCACGUUUAUCCUGGUGCCUUCUGUGCUAACUCAGCUGACCUUAACCUUUGUCCAUCGGGAUUUAGGGAGAGAUCGUCCUCUUGUGCUCUUCAUGCACCUGCUCCAGAUGGGACCGAUCAUCAGGUGUGUAGAAGCUUUGGUAGUUUACUUCAAGGCAGGCAGGCAAGAGGAGCCAUAUGUCACCAUCACGAGAAAGAUGAAACUAAAAAACGGAAAAGCCGUCGGCUCUCCAAUGGAAUGGGAGAUUGGUCAUUCGGAGCGCAAGCUGGCCGUCCACCGUGAUGCCUUCAAACGCACAGCCGUCAUCCAGGCUUUCCUUGGUUCCACACCUCAGCUCACUCUCCAGCUGUAUGCUGCCAUUCAGGAGAAAUACAUCCUCCUGCCUGCUAGAGUUACCUUAAUGAUCAUCUCCCUGAUAUCAAUCACAUACGGAGCACUGGUGUGCAGUGUGUUGGCGAUCCAGAUCCGUUAUGAUGAAUACAAAGUGAACAUGAAAGUUGGUACAUAUUUGUGCAUGGUGCUGUGGCGUGGUUUGGAGAUCGCCACUCGUGUCACCACACUGGUACUCUUCAGCACAGCUCUAACCUACUGGGUGAUUCUCGUGGGACUGGGAAACCUGCUCAUUUUCUUUUUCCAGCCGUGGGUGGAGUUCUGGGCACGGAAAGCCUCACUGCCUGAAAACGUUGAUAAGAACCUGAGUAAGCUGGGCACGUGUGUAGUGCUGUUCCUGGUUACGCUGCUUUAUGCCUGCAUCAACAUAUUCUGCUGGUCAGCUGUGCAGUUGAACCUGGCGGAGCAGGAACUGAUAGAGAAACAGCCUCGCUGGAGUCGCCUGGCUUUAUACUAUACACUGCGCUUCUUUGAAAACGUUGGACUUAUUGUUGCCUGGUACUUCUUUAAAUCGGACUUCUACGAGUAUAUAUGUGCACCGUUGCUAGCUGUGCAACUGAUCGUGUGCUAUGGCCUCGCUGUGCUCUUCAUGUUGCUAUUCUACCAGUUUUGCCACCCGGCACGCAAACUGUUCAAGCACAAUGUAGAAGACUGCCUGCAAUGUGCUUGCUGCUGGAGAAAAGAGCACACACUGGUUCCACAGGUCCCACCAAUCCCAGACCCUUCGACUCUGCUGGGGGCACGGGAAACAGAUAUAUUGGAGGACAUGGAGGCAGCUUGACCUUCCCCUGUAAUUUAUUUGAUCAGAUUUGCCCCUCCCAGGCCUUGCAUAUUUGCACGAAUCCAUGAUCAGGAACAUCAUGUGAGCCUUGAUAAGGGCAGUGGGAGCUAUACAGAGACUGCUGCAGUUCAUGUAAAGAAUAAAUCUUAUGUGAUUCCAAGAGUAUCCUCUGCAUGACUAUUUUGAUUUGCCUUGAAAUGGCCUUGAACAAAAAAAAAAAUAAAGCUUCACUGCUGUAAUUUUAGACUUUCACUACUGUGGUGCGCAUUGGCAGGGGAUGAGAUUGUAGUGAGCUGGGGUUUUUUUUGGCUGCUAAAUACCAAAGAAUGUUGCAAAGAAUGAAAUGAUUCACAAAGACAGCCAAAGCAAAUGGCUGAAAUGUCAAUGCUUAGCCCAGGUAUGUUGGAAAAAGGCCAGAUGUCUGUUUCAAGAAUGGAGUAUAUGUGAUCAUUUGGGGGCAUCCCCUGCUUUAUUUAAAAACACAAGCCAGCCAUUCAUUCCCCUCAAGUGCACUUUGAAACUUAUGAAGCAUAUCGCAGAGAUAAGUGAAAAUGAUUGCCUUCCUCAAUAACUUACAGGAAAACACUUUGGGCACGAGCGUUUACCUCAGUUUUAAUUAGCUGUAGGUUUCCUGCAAAAGUACGACCACAAAGAUGUGUUUAAGUGGCGAAAAAAAAAAAACUACAGAGUUAACGUUGUGAGGAUGUUUUGUUGUUUUGGCUUGUUUUGUGCCUGGAUUUUGUGCCUCUGCUAAAUGUAACUUGAAUAUAAUAAUGAUAAUAAAAUAUUUUGAAUGUCUAA